UGUUUCAAACCUUAGCAUGUUGCAGAGAUACCCUUUGAAAAUGAUCCGGUGAUGCAAACUCGGGAAGUUGAUCAUGGGACCGUUACAUAUCUAGAGAAAGUCGGGUUUUUGUCAAGCAAUUUGCUAUCAGCUCACACUGUUUGGGUAAAUGAAAAUGAGAUUGGAUUUCUUUCUAAUCAUGAUGUUAAGGUGUCCCACUGUCCUGCUGCAGCCAUGCGCAUGCUUGGAUUUGCGCCGAUUAAAGAAAUGCUUGAUGCCAAUGUUUGUGUAUCAUUGGGGACAGAUGGUGCACCGUCAAAUAACCGUAUGAGCAUUGUUGAUGAGAUGUACCUAGCUUCUUUGAUCAAUAAAGGGCGCGAAGUUUAUACAAAAGACACUACUGACCCUACAGCUCUUCCUGCGGAAUCCGUUCUGAAAAUGGCAACCGUAAAUGGUGCAAAAGCAGUACUUUGGGAGAAUGAAAUAGGUUCUCUUGAAGUUGGAAAAAAGGCCGAUAUGAUUGUCCCCAUCACAACCAUCAACAUCACCGACGCCACCACCGCCACCCCAACACCACCUCGUAGUUGUCCCCAUUACCAUGGCAACCACCAUAAUUAUAAUUUAUAA